AUUGUACUCCGUUACAACGAAGCUCUGGUCAAGUGGAUACGUGAGCGAGAACUGUACGAAGCUGCCGUGAUCUCCCGGUGCCAGGAGUUCGGCGAAUCGCUAGCAACUGUCAUGAUUCCAGCGGUCAACACGAUCAAUCGCAGGUUGCUGAAGACGUUCUGUGAGCUGGAGUUGAAGCUGCCAUUGGAGCAGAUGACGAACGAGAAGUUGGUCAACGCGAUUAGUCAGAUCUUGUCGAGCAUGAUGAACGAUCAGAUCCCCAACGUGCACGCCAUAAUGAGUCAGCACUUGAAGAUGGAUCUGCGCCAGAAAGAUGUCCAGGCUCGUGUGCUGAAUUAUUUCGAUCGCUUUGACGAGUUGGUUGAGGAGUAUGGAUUAAGUAUUGCUCUCGACGGGAAUGAUAAGUUGAAGUGCAAACUGCUGACAGAAAAUCUGCGCCCAGCGAGUCUAAAAGAGCAAGUCCAGCUCUACCAGGACCUGGAUCCAACUGUGGAGCUCAAUGUCCCGAGGCUGUUUGACGUUAUCAAGGCCGAAGCCCUGAAGAACCAGUAG